AGCAGACACCGCUUCCGGCGGCGGCAGCAGCCCUCCCCGGGCCCCCCCGCCCACCUGCUUGGCGCCGCGCGUGAACUCCUCGACGCUGAACUCUCGGUCGAAGUAGAGGCGGAUGAGGAGAUGGCAGAAGCGGAGAAAGCCGGUGGUGCUGCAAGGACUGGAACUGGGCGCCUGCAUGACCAAAUGGACGGUGGAUUACUUGAGCCAAGUGGAGGGGUCUAAAGAAGUGAAGAUUCACGUUUCUGCGGUGCCGCAGAUGGAUUUCAUCAGUAAGAACUUUGUGUAUAGAACUCUGCCUUUUGAUGUAUUUGUACGAAGAGCGGCUGAAGUCAAACACAAGGAGUACUUUUCUUUCUGAGGUAAUUUCCUUAGAGUCCCAGUUUCUUCUGAUGAAAAGUACUAUUUACGAUCAGUGGGUGAAGAUGCUAGGAAGGAUAUUGCAGAUAUCAGAAAGCAGUUUCCUAUUUUGGCAGAAGAUGUUCUGAUUCCAGAAUAUUUUGAGAAGGAACGUUUUUUCUCUAGUGUCUUCCGUAUCAGCUCAGCUGGAUUACAAUUAUGGACACAUUAUGAUGUAAUGGACAAUUUCUUAAUCCAAGUAACAGGGAGAAAACGAAUUGUCUUAUAUAGUCCUCAAGAUGCGCUGUAUUUAUAUUUAUCAGGUACUAAAUCAGAGGUGCUGGAUGUGGAUAACCCAGACUUGGAGAAAUAUCCCCUUUUUGUGAAAGCCAAGCGCUAUGAAUGUUUUCUGAAAGCAGGAGAUGUGUUAUUUAUUCCAGCUUUAUGGUUCCAUAAUGUACUUUCUGAGGAAUUUGGAGUGGCACUGAAUGUUUUCUGGAAGCACCUUCCUGCUGAGUCCUAUGAUAAGAGUGACACUUACGGAAAUAAAGAUCCCACAGCAGCCUCUAGAGCUAUACAGAUCUUGGACAGGGCCUUGAAAACACUUGAAGAACUGCCUGAGGAAUAUAGGGAUUUUUAUGCUCGGAGAAUGGUGUUACGCAUCCAAGAAAAAGCCUAUAGAAACGAUUAUGGAUAAAAUAACACAUUGUAAUUUCACAGCAAGCUCCUUUGAAAGCAGAGGAUUGUCUGUUAAUAUGGAAGCUUUCUGUGUGUACAUACAUACACUUUCUGUGAGACCAAUAAAAACUAUGUUGAUAA